AUGAAAUCAUUUUAUCUUUAAAAACCAACUUAAGUUAGAGGCAAUUCAGAACCUAAGAAACCAGAAAAAGUAUAAAAUAAUAUGAAAAUGUCAAUGUCCUAAAAGAUGCACGAAAGUUAAACAAAAUGGAAUGGCCUAAUUGCUAGAACAGUCACUCUCGAAUAAAACUUAUUAAGAUUACGUGAUUCAGUUAAUUAAACAUUAAGAGGUGGUAGUAAAGAAUCAACUUCAUCUAAAUCAACAGCUGAAUAAUUACAUAAACCACCAACAUUAGUGAAUAUGACUAGCAGAAUUGCCUCACCUAUGUUGAAAAAAGUUUCCCCUUAGGAUUGUAUGACAAUGUCAAGAAUAUAGACUUAUAAAACUGUUCAAUCUUGGUUUCCAAAAUCGAGAUUCCAUACAUUUGAAGGAAUUCCUCAAUUUAGAAUUGGCAAAUUGUUAGGAAGAGGACAAUUUUCAGAUGUUCAUAUGUGCAUGUACUAUCAGACCUUAAAAUAAGCGACAAAUUGACUAGUACAAUAUAUGCUUUGAAAGUGAUUAAAAAAGAGAAAAUUUAAGAUGAAUAGUUAUAGAAACAAAUGAUCCAAGAAAUUAAAGUGCAAAUGAAUCUUAAUCAUCCAAACAUAGUUAAGUUGUAUAAUUGCUACUCUGAUGAAUAGAAUUUGUACUUGUUGAUGGAAUAUUGCAAUGAAGGUGAACUGUUUAAAGUCCAAAGAAAGUAACCUGGAUAUAAGUUCCCAGAAGUAAUUGUGCCUUCAAUACUUAGAAUAAAGCAUCAUAUUAUAUACACUAAAUUCUGCAAUGCAUAUAGUAUAUGCAUCAAAACAAAGUUAUGCAUCGAGAUUUGAAGACAGAAAAUAUCAUGUUAUCAUUUAAUCAAAUAAAAAUUGGAGAUUUUGGUUGUGUUUGUUCCAAUCAAGACCGAAGAGAAACCUUUUGUGGAACAAUUGAGUUUAUGGCACCUGAAGUGAUUUAAAUGAAGGGAUAUGACUCAAGAGUGGAUGCAUGGUAAAUAGCUGUGCUUGCUUAUGAAUUAGUAUAUGGAUAAACCCCAUUUGUUCUUUUGGGUAAUAAAGAUCACAAAGGAAUAAUGGAUAAUAUAAUAAAAGUAUUCAGAAUCAUUUUAUUUUCUUUAGCAUCGCUUAACAAUUCCCCAUACUUUUUCUGCUGAAUUAACUUUCUUUGUAAAAGGAGGUCUUCAAUCUGAUCCAAACAAAAGAUUGACGAUUGAAUAAAUGCUCAAACAUCCUUGGAUAACCAAACAUAAAUAACCUUAAACUAAAAGUGAAUACAAUAUUUGA